UAUUGAGUACAUUUAUUUACUGUUUUCUUUUUAUUUUGAUAAGAGAUUAUUUGGUUAUUUGUUGAUGUAAAAAAUAUAAAUUUACCAACUCCAAUGUUGUGUCAUUAGAUUUGGGGUGGGGUGGGGUCGCAAGAAAUUAUUGAGAAAAGAAUGGGUCCCCGCAGAAAAAGUUUGAAUACUGCCUUACAUAAUGAUUCUCUGUGCGUCACCAGUCUCGAUGCUACCACAACAUCCCUUACAUCAGCCAAACUCAACUUGCGGACCGCGGUCAGGGUUCCGGACUCAGAGAAGGGUCAAUCCGGGUUGCAUUUUGUUAUAUAAAUACAUCAUUUUUUUAGACAUCUUUUAAAAAAAAAACUACCUGGCUCAGCGGCCACUUGUUCUCGCUCUCUCCCGAAGCAACGCCCACUGCUAGUGCCAGUCUAAUCCAAUCGCGUGGUUAUAUGCAAAUACAAGAGGCCGCGUCUUACCCAAUCACAUUAAUCCAAAUAACCUCCGUUGAACCUUGGGACAAGCAGGCAGAAAGAAACAGAAAGAUUAGACUGCAGUUCAACUGUAGAUUAAAGGAGUUUAGUUACCAGUAUCUUUGUUAAUAUAGCUUGUUUAAAAAAAAAAAAGUGAGUUGACUCUGAAAACCGUAUAUUCAAAGUUGAGUGGACGAAACAGUAUUUAUUCAUUCUGCCGCAACUAGCACAAAACCAAUGUGCCUGAUAUGCAGUGAGUCCAAAGCUCUCAUGAAAAGUGUCAAUGUUAAGCGCCAUUAUGACACCAGGCAUAGUAAAUUUGAUCAGAUGUAUCCCCUGAACACGGAAGUGAGAACAAACAAGGUUAACCAACUCAAAUCUCAAUAUGAGAGGUCCAACAAAGUCCUUGUCAAUCCCUGAAAGCCCAAGAACUUGCAAUGGAGUGUUCACUGAGUAUAGUUUCGGUUUUGGGGGAAGAAAAUACAAAAUUCAGAUGCUGAGAUGGUAAAGAAUGAAUGUGUGAACUUGCUGACACCUUGCUUGGAGGUAAAUAAAAAGGUGAGUUUAGGGAAGGCCAUACAGAUCCCUCUGUCAGAUUCCACAGCAAUUAGCAGAACUGAAAUAUUAGCUGAAUAUUUAACUUCAAAACUUGAUGAGGCCAUUCAGUAUGCACCAUGCAGUUCAUUAGUUCUGGGUGAAUCAACAAAUAACACUAAUGCCCAGCUUCUUGUGUUUUUCAAAUUUGAUAACGAAACAAAGAGGAAUUCUGUGAGGAGUUGUUGGGCUUUCUAAAUUUAGAAGCACACACACGGGAAGAAGAUAUGCAGUACCAGUCAAAGAGUCUGUAGAUGGUACCUAGUAUCACUGGAGGAUCUUCCUGAGUUCAAGGACACUGGAGACUGGACAAGAGGGUAACACCAACCAGCCAACAAUGUCUUCCAUUGACCCCUACCAGUACAUUAUUGUGGAGCAGCAGUUCUCACACAAGUUCAGAGUAACAGUGGUGCGAGCUAAGAAUGUCACUAAGGGAGCACUGGGUGACCUGUUGGACACUCCUGACCCCUAUGUGGAGCUGUUCAUUCCCACCACCCCUGAGAGCAGGAAACGAACGAGGCACAUAGACAACGACAUCCACCCAGAAUGGAAUGAGACCUUUGACUUCAUACUGGACCCAAACCAGGACAAUAUUCUAGAGAUAACAUUAAUGGAUGCCAAUUACGUGAUGGACGAGAAGCUUGGGACUGCAUCGUACAACAUCUCCAAGAUGUUGAAAACUGGCCACACAGAGAUGGUGCCUUUCCUCAUCGGCAAAGCAACCAAUGUGUACUUAGAGAUGGCCCUGGAGGUCUGUGCGAACCUGGACCUGCGGUUCAGCCUGACCCUGUGUGACAAGGAGAAACUAUUCAGACGGGCCCGCAGAGAGAGGGUGAUGCUGGGCAUCAAGAAGCUGCUGGACAUGGACAAGCCCCGCUUCCUCCCCAGCACCCCUCAGGAGGUGCCGGUGAUCGCCAUAGUGGGUUCAGGGGGAGGCUUCAGGGCCAUGGUGGGCUUCUCUGGGGUUAUGAAGGGCCUGUAUGAGUCUGGGGUCCUGGACUGUGCCACCUACAUUGCUGGCCUCUCUGGAUCCACCUGGUACAUGUCGACCCUGUUCUCUCACCCAGAGUUCCCCUCUAAGGGUCCUAAGGAGAUCAACGCGGAGCUGAUGAAAAGAGUGAGCAGUAACCCUCUGAGACUGCUAUUGCCCCAGCACAUCACCAACUACAUCCAGUCUCUGUGGAGCAAGAAGGCCAACGGACAGCCCGUCACCUUCACUGACAUCUUCGGCAUGCUCAUCGGAGAGACACUCAUCCCUGCUAGGAUGGACACAAAGCUGAGUGAGUUGCAGGAGAAGGUGAACGAGGGCCAGUGUCCUCUCCCUCUGUUCACCUGUCUGCACGUCAAACCAGACGUGUCCGAGCUCAUGUUCGCAGACUGGGUGGAGUUCAGCCCGUAUGAGAUUGGAAUGGCAAAGUACGGAACGUUCAUGACCCCUGAUCUUUUUGGAAGCAAGUUCUUCAUGGGAAUCACUGUGAAGCAGUAUGAAGAGAACCCACUACAUUUCCUUAUGGGGGUUUGGGGGAGUGCCUUCUCCAUCCUCUUCAACAGAGUGCUGGGUGUCAAAGACACUGUCGGGGGGAGCACCAUGGAGGAAGAGCUCGAACAGUUAAAGCCUCAGCACAUUGUGGGGGAGGACAGACAAGAUAAUGACGAGAGGCCUUGGAAAGGAGGCAAGGAGAACCCAGGGGCGGAAGAUGAGUACGGAACCACACAGAACAGCUGGGUCCAGCGAAUGAUCACCUCCCUCUUCAGCGGCGACUCCUUGCUCAACACGCGAGAGGGGCGGGCGGGGAAGGUUCAUAACUUCAUGCUAGGCCUCAACCUCAACACCAACAUGCCCUUCUCUACCUUCGGAGACUUUAUGUACCAGAACUCCUGCGCCUCCUUCGAGGAUGAGGUUGACGCUGUCACAGACCCAGAUGAGUUUGCUGGUAUCUACGAGCCACUGGACGUGAAGAGUAAGAAGAUCCACAUAGUGGACAGUGGUCUGACCUAUAACCUCCCGUACCCCCUCAUCCUGCGCCCGCAGCGUGGCGUCGACCUCAUCAUCUCCUUCGACUUCUCAGCCCGCCCCAGUGACUCCAGCCCACCCUUCAAGGGCCCAGAGUCUGCAACACCACUAAGCAAGGGGCACCACCAAGCACGCGGCACCAUGAAGACCAAGGAGCUCGCCAAACAGGAGCUGCUGCUGGCUGAGAAGUGGGCCCGGAUGAACAAGCUGCCAUUCCCUAAGAUCGACCCCAAGGUAUUUGACCGCGAGGGCCUGAAAGAGUGCUACAUCUUCAAGCCAAUAAAGGGGGAACGGAACUGCCCCACUGUCAUCCAUUUUGUCCUAGUCAACAUCAACUUCAGGAUGUUCAAAGCCCCUGGAGUGCCUCGUGAAACAGAACAGGAGAAGAAGAUGGCUGACUUUGACAUCUUUGAUGACCCCGAGACGCCGUACUCUACGUUUAACUUCCAGUACUCAAACCAGGCCUUCACACAACUCCACGACCUCAUGGAGUUCAAUACGCUCAACAACAUCGAGGUGAUAAAAGAGGCAAUUAAGGAGAGCAUUAUGUACAGGAAGGAGAAUCCCUCACGCUGCUCUGUGUCCCUCUCACUCAACGAGAUCCAGAACAAAAUGUUCCUGAAGCGGGAGAUGCGGGAGAAAGCCCAGAAGUGAGAGCUGGAAUGCUGGCAGAAGCAACGUCAAGCUAUCAGACAAGACUUUGCGAAAUGACAUACAGAACCAGUCAAAAAUUAUUUCUACAUUUUUUUUAACUAAAUAACACAUGGAAUCAUGUAGCAACCAAUAAAAAGUGUUAAACAAAUGAAGAUAUAUCUAAGAUUCUUCAAAGUAGCCACCCUUUGCCUUGAUGACAGCUUGGCAGACAUGCUCUCGACAUAAAGUAUUUAUUUCGA